UGACGAGCGGGGCCGGCCUUGGAGCGCAGCCGGGGCGGGGAGGGCUAUAAAAGGCGGUGCGUCCCGCAGUCGGGCCCCGUAACUCCCCCUUGCAGCGCCAGCGGCCCGGGCCGUGUGUACCAUCAGCAGUGGCGGCAGCACUGCGGAGCCCGGGCUCGGGUCUCCAUCCAGCCAAUCAGAACUAGCUCUCCUGUUUUCCCAAUUUACUUUUUGCCCCAUCUUUCUUUCUUCAGAUUUUUUUCCUUCCCCACUUUUUUUGGUCAAAAAAUCUCAACAAAAUGGUGCAGAAGAAAACAGAAAUCAAAGGUUUCCAUCGUUCUUUCAAGGGCCAGAACCCAUUCGACCUGGAAUUCUCCCAGUCAAGUCACCUGGAUUCUGUCUUCAACUUUGAGUGCCCGCCCCGCCCCGACAUGCCUUCAAGUCAGCCCAUCGAUAUCCCAGAUACCAAGAAAAGGAACAAGAAGAAGAAACGAUGCAGAGCCACGGACAGCUUCUCUGGGAGGUUUGAAGAUGUCUACCAGCUGCAGGAGGAGGUGCUCGGGGAAGGUGCCCAUGCUAGAGUCCAGUCCUGCAUCAACCUCAUCACCAACAAGGAGUACGCCGUGAAGAUAAUUGAGAAGAGCCUUGGACACAUCCGGAGCCGGGUAUUCAGGGAGGUGGAGAUGCUGUACCAGUGCCAGGGACACAGGAACGUCCUGGAGCUGAUCGAGUUCUUCGAAGAGGAAGAUAGAUUCUACCUGGUGUUUGAGAAGAUGCGAGGAGGCUCCAUCCUGACCCACAUCCACAGGAGGCGCCACUUCAACGAACUGGAGGCCAGUGUGGUGGUGCAAGACAUUGCCAGUGCCCUUAACUUCCUGCACAACAAAGGUAUAGCGCACAGGGAUUUAAAACCAGAAAAUAUUCUCUGUGAGAGUCCCGACCAGGUUUCCCCUGUGAAGAUCUGUGACUUUGACCUGGGAAGUGGCAUCAAAUUAAAUGGCGAUUGUUCCCCUAUCUCCACCCCUGAGCUGCUCACACCUUGCGGCUCUGCCGAGUACAUGGCUCCCGAGGUGGUGGAGGCCUUCAACGAGGAGGCUUCCAUCUAUGACAAGCGUUGCGACCUGUGGAGCCUGGGCGUCAUCCUGUACAUCAUGCUGAGCGGCUACCCGCCCUUCGUGGGGCACUGUGGCACCGACUGCGGCUGGGACCGCGGCGAGGCGUGCCAUGCCUGUCAGAACAUGCUCUUUGAGAGUAUCCAGGAAGGGAAGUAUGAAUUUCCUGAUAAGGACUGGGCCCACAUUUCUUUUGGAGCCAAAGAUCUAAUUUCCAAGCUGCUGGUUAGAGAUGCCAAGAAACGGCUCAGCGCGGCCCAGGUCCUCGAGCAUCCUUGGGUGCAGGGGUGUGCUCCAGACAACACGCUUCCAACCCCCAUCAUCUUACAGAGGAACAGCAGUGCCAAAGAACUCACCUCCUUCGCCGCUGAAGCCAUCGCUGUCAACCGUCAGCUGAUGCAGCACGAUGAAGACGAGGAGGAGGAGGAGAUGCGACCAAUCAUAAUCAAAGCUACCUCAUGCUCCAUGCAGCUGUCGCCCCCUUCGGAAUCCAGGCUGGCCAAACGGAGGCAGAAGAGCAGCAUGACGAAGGCGGGGGCUGUGAGCCAGCACCUCGUUGCUCCGUUAGUCCUGGUGGGCGAUCACGCGUGAUCGCCUGCCUGCUGUGGCCCCCCACCCACUCCCUGUACAUAUGUAUGUGCUGUAUACGGGCGUCGUCCUUUUUUUUUUUUAAAUGCCGUUGUUAGCUAGCAACAAGAUCAGGACUCUGUCCUAUUGGCUGGUUUCCAAGGUUUCACUGAUCUUGUAAGUUCCUUUGUUUUGUUUGUUUAAAAACUUUUUUUUUUUUAAAGGUAUUAAAUCAAGUGUGAGGUUCCUUCACCCAGGGCACAUUUAAGGACAUUUAACAGGCGACGAGAAAACGCUUUCUCCACUUUACAAUUGAUGAAGACUGCCAAAGCUGGGUUUGACAUAAAAUCACCUUAACGCACUGUUGGUUUCUACAAUGGAUGCCUCGAGCCAGGGGCUGGUUUAAAAAUAAAAACUAAAGUAAAAACUAAAAAUAAAAACAAAAAUGAAAAAAAAAACAAGCACUUUAUUGUAUGUACCAGGUGAACUGAUACA